CAGAGUGAGCUGCUCAGGAUCACGCUGCCUGACUUCACCGGGGACGUCAGGAUCCCCCACGCCGGCCGUGGGAGCUAUGAGUUCCGCAGGUGGGGCUCUCCCUUCUGCUGGGGCUCCGAGGUGGCUGGAGCUGACUGUGAGGGCGAAUUGGAGAGUGAGGAAGAGAGAGCCUCAGGAUUGGGCUGCGGAGGGAUCUCUUUGGGGCAGACAGUGGGACAGUUCCCUGAAGAGUUCAGAAGGAAAUUCUGGGAAGGAAUUGAGCUCCUCCACUCAUUCAUGCAGCAAAUAUUGAGGAAGACCUUAAUAUCUGGCUGUGUGACCUGAGCCUCGGUUUCCUUACCUGUAAAAUGAGGUUGAUCUGCUUCCUCCUUCAGAGUGCUAAUCCAAGAUCCAAUCUGGCCACUGGAUAUAGUUUGGAAGAGAAGAUAGACCUUACACUUUAAAUCUAGUAGCCCAAUGGUUAGAGCUGAAGUUGGUGCUUGGGGGAGUCAGGGAAGGCUUCCCAGAGAAGAUGGCAUUUGAGCCAAGACUUCAAAAGAUCACUAGACUUGAGCAGCUGAUACUUUAAAAUGGCGUCAACUGCUUUUCGAGGGCUGGGCAGUGAAGAAAGUACAAUCAGGCCCGUAGCACAUUGUACCCCUCCCCACUCACUGCUAUUGAGUGUUUCCUUCAUUCCUGCCUUCUUUUAUUCAGUCCAUCAGCAAACAUCUAUUGAGCACCUACUGUGUGCCAGGCAAAUAAAACAGAACUUGACCAUUCUUUUCCCACUGUGGGCAACCUUGCUGACCCUUUUUGGGUCUUCUCUUAAGGCUGCCACCAUAUUCCCUGAAUCUGUUUCCCGCCUACCUGGAUGUAUUGGGAGAGGGGAGCGUUAGCAGGAGCUGCAAACCCAAAGAGAUAUGUCUACAGACCUCCUGAGGAUGCCACCUGGGGUUGUUAGAUUCAUGGUUUCUGAUGCUGACUGUAAAACUGCGGGUAAUUGCAUCUCUUCCUCGAGGUUCUAUUUCCCCUUCUGUGGAAAGGAAACAAGAACAGUCCUGACCCCCUCAGUGUGGCCCAGAUGGCAUGAAGAAUGUAAUGUGCUUAGCAUGGACACAUGGUCGCUGCCUGGGACACAGCCGGUGCUCACCUGGAGCAGAUCCUGCUGCCUGAACAUCCACAGCUGUGAGCUGCGUCACUCUGCACUGAGGCCUGUCCCCGGCCAGGGCCUGAGUCUCAGCAUCUCCGACUCCUUCAUCCGGGUCCAGGGCAGGUGGAAGGUGCGCAAGUCAUUCUUGAAACUACAAGGCUCCUUUGAUGUGAGUGUCAAGGGCAUCAGCAUUUCAGUCAACCUUCUGUUGGGCAGCGAGUCCUCAGGGAGGCCCACAGUUACUGCCUCCAGCUGCAGCAGCAACAUCGAUGACGUGGAGGUGGACAUGUCGGGAGACUUGGGGUGGCUGUUGAAUCUCUUCCACAACCAGAUCGAAUCCAAGUUCCAGAAAGUACUGAAGAGCAGGAUUUGCGAAAUGAUCCAGAAAUCGGUGUCCUCUGAUCUACAGCCUUAUCUCCAAACUCUGCCAGUUACAACAGAGAUUGACAGUUUCGCCGGCAUUGAUUAUAGCUUAGUGGAAGCCCCUCGGGCAACAGCCCAGAUGCUGGAGGUGAUGUUUAAGGGUGAAAUCUUUCAUCGUAACCACCGUUCCCCAGUUACCCUCCUUGCUCCAGUCAUGAGCCUUCCUGAGGAACACAACAAAAUGGUCUACUUCGCCCUCUCGGAUUAUGUCUUCAACACGGCCAGCCUGGUUUAUCACAAGGAAGGGUAUCUGAACUUCUCCAUUACAGAUGACAUGAUACCGCCUGACUCUAAUAUCCGACUGACCACCAAGUCCUUCCGACCCUUCGUCCCACGGUUAGCCAGGCUCUACCCCAACAUGAACUUGGAGCUCCAGGGAUCAGUGCCCUCUGCUCCGCUCCUAAACUUCAGCCCUGGGAAUCUGUCUGUGGACCCCUUUAUGGAGAUAGACGCCUUUGUGCUCCUGCCCAGCUCCAGCAAGGAGCCUGUCUUCCGACUCAGUGUGGCCACUAAUGUGUCCGCCAUCUUGACUUUCAAUACCAGCAAGAUCACUGGGUUCCUGAAGCCAGGAAAGGUAAAAGUGGAACUGAAAGAAUCCAAAGUUGGACUGUUCAAUGCGGAGCUGUUGGAAGCGCUCCUCAACUACUACAUCCUCAACAGGCUCUACCCCAAAUUCAACGAUAAGUUGGCCGAAGGCUUCCCCCUUCCUCUGCUGAAGCGUGUUCAGCUCUACGACCUCGGACUCCAGAUCCAUAAGGACUUCCUGUUCUUGGGUGCCAACGUCCAAUACAUGAGAGUUUGAGGACAAGAAAGAUGAAGCUUGGAGGCCACAUCUGGAUCUGUAUGUUGCAUUUCCAGCUGUGCAGCACGUCUCAGAGAUUCUUGAAGAAUGAAGACGUUUCUGCUCUCGGCUCCGGGGGUGAGGUCUGCCUGGCCUCUGCCUCCACCCUCCUCCUCUUCACCAGGUGCAUGCAUGCUGUCUCUGAGUCUGGACUUUGCUUUCCCCUCCAGGAGGGACCACCCUCCCCAACUGGCCUGGGAUGUCUUUACAAGCAGGCACUGUAAUUUUUUUUUUUUUUUUUUUUUUUUUUUUUUUGCCAUCUGAUCCCCAUGCCUAGCAGAGUGCUGGCACUUAGUAGGUCCUCAAUAAAUAUUUAUUAGAUGAUGAGAUGAUGGAAUCACCCAGCAGGCCUCAUCACUGCUCACUGCCUGCCCUCUUCUGACCUCAGGGGUCUUUGGAUAGUCAACCCCAUCUAUGGUCUCCAAGGCCCCUUUCUCAUCGCCGCUGCCGUGGGAGCCUCAGUGAGAGAAGCAGGGAUUCUGUACAUCACUUAGCCCUGGACCUGGCAUCAGUGCUCGUCUCUAAGGCCCUUGUCCUGUCUCAGGCAGGGGCUCACUUCAACAUCGCUCCCUCCCUCAUUUCUCGCCUGCUACAGCCAGGGGAGCCAAUGAUCUCCUGGAGCAAAAACUCAGCCUCCCGCUGCUUUCCCCCCAUUGAAGCAGGUGUAAAUUAGGAGGAAAUGGAUCUAAGUUUUUGGUCCAACCCCAAUAAAAAGCUCAUCCAACUGUUGUUUAUGAGCCCCAA